AUGCUAAAUAAGUAAGUCUUAAGCAGAACGGCCACUAAACGAAAUUUGUUAUUUUCCCAAAGUGUUCUGGAAUCGAGCCAAAAAUCAUCCUUAUAAUAAAAAUCUAGUAGACAUAUGAAAGUGAAAUCGCAGGUUCUGUGCAACACUCCCAGUGGUUAAGAGAAACAUAAAACAGAUUUGUUUAAAGAGUAGAGUCUGUUUAGUGACGACUCUGAUAAUGACUUGUUUCGUGAGAGUAGUUUAAAACCCCCAAAGACUGCUAGUUCAAUCAAGCCCAGAUCGAAGAUCCUCAAUUAGAUGGCCUAUUUGACUUAGAAGAUGACACCAGAGUAUCAAAGGAGAAUGCAACUUAUUUCUCAGGCCGAGUAAAAUGGAUUUGUUAUAAGAGGGACAAGGUGCUUGACUUUCGAAUUGAGCAAACUGAGUAACCAAUUCAAGUAAACAGUCAGUAGCUGAGUUUUGGAGAAACCCUUAUUAAUUAUUAGCAUGAUAAGGUAUAAAAGAUCUUUAAAAGUUUAUCUAAAGCACCCUAUUGAAUUAUAACCUGAAUUAUGGAACGUCUAAUCAGUGAGAUAGAUGGAAUUUUAUUAUUACAAGAUUAGAUCCAAAAUGCAGCCAGUUCCAUUGUAAUUCUAUAUGAAUCAAAUUGAGAGCACAAACUUUAAAAUAUUUGUAUCAUCUGUCAAUCCAUUCCCGACCAAUUUCUCUUGUGAUUAGAUAAUAUCAGUUAAGGGGUGGAAAUAUAAGGUGGAUGAGUCUAAAAUAUUUCAUUGUGAUUAUAUUUACAUUAGUAUGGUGUGUGAUUUAGAUACUUAGGUAAAACUAAAAUACUAAUUUGGUACAAGAAUGAUGAAAAGACCGUAAACAAUGCAAAAAAAGUUGGACACUGAAUCCAUGUUUCUUUAAAAUCCUUAACAACAAUAGUUAGAAAGAAUGAAUUCUGAUUUUCUGUUAGCAUAAGUGGCUGAAAUAAAAAAAAGAAGAAAACAAAGAUUAAGGAUAAGAGGGAUAUUCAAGGAUUUGAUAAAGGAAAACAUUUAGAAGGUCGUAGAAUAUAAUGAAGAAUAAUAAAAGAGUUUUAGAGAAAUGAGACGAGUACAAUCCGAUAAUAGAAUAGAAGAUGUGUUGUGUAGAAAGAAAUAGCUGAAUUAAAAUGAACAAUAAAGAAAAGUAUAUGAACAAAAGACAAGAGAAUUAGGUAAAAUAUUAAGACAAAGAUCUAAUUUUGUACAAUCCAAAAAAACACUGAAAAAUAAAGUCUGUCAUCAUUGGUUAAAUUUCAUUUACAUGGCUUUAAUUAGUAGUAGGAUACUCCAUGUUUACUAACACAAAAUCGAAGCCUAAAAUCAAUCUACUUUAAUGGCUUUCUAAGUUAAAAGAAUCAUGAAAAGAAUUCAUAAACGAUUAAUUGCCAUCAAAGGAUUGACAUUGUAUGAUAGAGUAUUUUUUGAUGUUAAACUGUAAAAUAAAUUAUUAUAUAAUCAGGGCUUCCUUAUGUUUUUGUAGAGCUGUAUAUUAAAAAUAAGUUAAAGAACACAUUUAAAAAAUUGUGCCCUUUCUUAAAUAAAGAGCUGAACUCCAUCAUUUCAAAAAUCAAGUUGUCAGUACUCAUCUCAAGAUUUAAAAAAUCAGAUAAAUAGUUUAAGAAUUUGUAUUGAAAUUCAAAAACUAUAAAAAAUCACUGAGUGGUGUUUGGUAGAAGUACUUUAAAGAACAACUUCUUAAAAAUUAUAAUCAAUUAAAUCAGAAAAAGAAGGAGAUGUAUUAGCAAUAUAUCUUUUUACUUUAGAAUCAAGAGAAUUAUAGGUAUGUGAUUGAUUCCUAAAUAAUAGCAUUCUACUAACAGAAUUUGUGAAUGCCUACAGCAAAGAAAUGUUAAGGAAAUUUAUGAAAGAAAUGAGUGCCUAUUCUUAAUAUUUAAAGAAAUUGCGAUAAUAAAAAUAUAACAAAGUUAAGAGGAGGGAUUAUGAAUUGAAUGAAUAAGUUAUGUACUAACCUAAAAUGUUUCAAAUCCCCACUUAUGAUGACAUCUUAGAAUAUCUUCCAAUAUUGAUGAACAGUAAUAAUAGAUAAGAUGCAAGAAGUUCAUAAUAAUAGAUCUCGCAAUCUUAAAUCUUGAGCAUAGGUGAAAAUAAUGAAAAAAAGAGAAAGUAAAUAAGAAUGAAGAAAUGA